AUGGUCUUCAAUUUUCGAGUUUUCAAGAAACAAUCUCCCAAUGGCAAGCUCACCAUGUACUUGGGAAAACGGGACUUCAUCGAUCACAUCUCUGGAGUAGAACCCAUAGAUGGCGUCGUGGUCAUCGACAACGAGUACAAAGACCGGAAGAUAUUCGGGCAGGUGAUCUGCAGCUUCCGCUACGGUCGCGAAGAGGACGAGGUGAUGGGCCUGAACUUCCAGAAGGACCUGUUCCUGGCGUCCGAGCAAAUCUACCCGCCGCCCGAGAAGAACUCCAACACCAAGAUGCAGGACCGCCUGCUGAAGAAGCUGGGCGACAACUGCUACCCUUUCACCUUCACGCUGCCGCCCAGCGCGCCCGCUUCGGUCACCCUCCAGCCGGGUGUGGACGAAGAAGGGCAACCGUGCGGUGUGCACUACUAUAUUAAAAUCUACGUGGGAGAGAACGAGACGGAUCGCACCCACAAAAGGGGCACCGUCACCAUGGCUAUAAGGAAGGUGCAGUACGCUCCGUCGAAGCAGGGCAGGCAGCCUUGCACGGUGGUUCGCAAGGACUUCAUGAUGAGCCCCGGGGAACUGGAGCUCGAAGUCACCCUGGAUAAGCAGCUGUACCAUCACGGUGAAAAAAUCGCCGUGAACAUUUGCAUAAGGAACAACAGCAAUAAGGUGGUGAAGAAGAUUAAGGCGAUGGUGCAGCAGGGCGUGGACGUGGUGUUGUUCCAAAACGGGCAGUACCGGACCUCCGUGGCCGGUUUGGAAACGCAGGAAGGAUGUCCCAUUCAACCCGGCUCGAGUUUGCAGAAGGUAGUCUAUCUCGUACCGUUGCUGACUUCCAAUAAGGACAAGAGAGGCAUCGCUUUGGAUGGUCAACUCAAAAAGCAGGAUACCAAUUUGGCUUCGACCACUUUACUGGCUUCGCCUGAUCAAAGAGACGCUUUCGGGAUAAUCGUAUCGUACGCGGUGAAAGUGAAAUUGUAUCUUGGGGCGCUGGGCGGCGAGUUGGCCGCCGAAUUACCUUUCGUUCUGAUGCAUCCCAAGCCCGGCGUUAAAGGGCCAUUAAUCCAUGCGGAUAGUCAGGCAGAUGUGGAAAUGUUUAAGCAAGAUACGAUUGAUCAAGAUGCCGAUGAAGAAAACUAA